AUGACCCGCCAGCGCCAUCUUAGGCCGCAGCCCGAACACGGAAGCGAAGGAGCGCCUCUGCCCACUACCAGCGGGCUGCCGGCAGAAGGCCCUCGUUCUCAGAAGGAGGGCGCAGACUCGGGAAGGCCCGCUGGGCGCCGGGAACUGUGCGGCCUCUCCGAACGGCGCGGCCCUGGCAGAAGGCGGGCCCGAGCCGCCACCGCCUCUUCCCUGCCCGUAGGUCCCGCCUUGAGGCGGAAGCUGCCGCUGAGGCCGAUGGAGGGCUCGUGGUUGUCUUGCCCGGGAGGGGUUGCGAGGCUCGGCGCGGGAAAGAAGAAUGCUCUCUCUGGGGCUGCUGUGGCGGGGGGUCACCACCGGGGGGCGUUCACUAGCGGGGGCCAUGAGGGGACGGAGGCCGGGCUGGAACCCCCACGCGGAAUCCGGAGCGCCGCCGGCAAAGCCAUGGAUCAGGGCCGGGCCCUCGAAGUGUACGAUAUAAUUCGAACUAUCCGAGAUCCAGAAAAGCCCAAUACUUUAGAGGAAUUAGAUGUGAUAACAGAAAAUUGUGUUGAAGUACAUGAAACAAGUGAAGAUGAAUAUUUGGUUACAAUCAAGUUUACACCAACUGUACCUCAUUGCUCUUUGGCUACUCUAAUUGGGCUGUGUUUGAGGAUCAAACUUCAGAGAUGUUUACCUUUUAAGCACAAGCUGGAAAUCUAUAUAUCUGAGGGAACACAUUUCACUGAAGAGGACAUCAACAAGCAAAUCAAUGAUAAAGAGAGAGUGGCUGCUGCAAUGGAGAAUCCCAACUUGCGAGAGAUUGUGGAACAGUGUGUUCUGGAACCUGACUAGCUACUGGGAGGAUAAUUGACCUGACAUUUUUCUUAUCCAAAGUCUCAAUAUAUUUGUAAAAAUGUGAAGGCCUUGAAUUUAGUACUGGAGAGUUCUUUAUAUUGCAAUUUUUUAAAGAAUCGUUUUAUAAAAAUAUAUGUAAUUAUAAAGAAAACCAUGAAUAGGUCAAUAAGUAUUGUAAAGGGUUGUGAUCCUGUUGAAAAUUCAUUUUUAUGAAAAGAUAAUGAACCAAUUUUGUUGAUGUCUCAUUUGCAUGUGAUUUUAAAAAUCUGAUUAUGAGUUAAUUUUUACAUUUUAUUGUAAAAGAGCAUGUUGUAGCCACACUAUGGAAGUUGAAUAAAAUACAUAGUUCUUGAAA